AUGUCAAUUCAAACUAUUGAUCCGAAUGAAGGUCCAGAUUCGUUGAAAUCUUUAUCGCUGAUUGCAGCUCACUCGCAUAUCACAGGUCUAGGCCUCGAUGAGCAUCUACAGGCGAAGGAGUCAUCGGAAGGAAUGGUAGGGCAGCUGCAAGCUAGACGUGCAGCCGGUGUUCUUUUGAAGAUGGUUCAAAAUGGAACGAUUGCAGGAAGAGCCGUUUUGGUCGCUGGCCCACCUUCCACGGGUAAGACUGCACUGGCCAUGGGUUUGUCGCAGUCUUUAGGCAAGGAUGUGCCUUUUACUGCUAUAGCUGGCUCAGAGAUCUUUUCUUUGGAGUUGAGCAAGACCGAGGCCCUGACGCAAGCGUUCAGAAAAUCUAUCGGUGUGAAGAUUAAGGAGGAAACCGAGCUGAUUGAGGGUGAAGUUGUCGAGAUUCAGAUUGAUAGAUCGAUUACUGGAGGACAUAAGCAGGGGAAGCUAACCAUUAAGACCACUGACAUGGAGACUAUCUAUGAGCUUGGUAAUAAGAUGAUCGACGGGUUGACCAAGGAAAAAGUGCUUGCUGGGGAUGUGAUUUCUAUCGAUAAGGCCAGUGGUAAGAUUACUAAGCUAGGUAGAUCAUUUGCCAGGUCCAGAGACUACGAUGCCAUGGGCGCUGACACGAGGUUUGUGCAAUGUCCAGAAGGUGAGCUACAAAAGAGAAAGACUGCUGUUCAUACCGUCUCGCUGCAUGAGAUCGACGUGAUCAACUCGAGAACACAGGGCUUCCUAGCUCUGUUUACCGGCGACACAGGGGAGAUCAGAUCCGAGGUUAGGGACCAGAUCAACACCAAGGUCGCCGAAUGGAAGGAAGAAGGCAAGGCGGAAAUUGUGCCAGGUGUCCUUUUCAUCGAUGAGGUCCACAUGCUGGACAUCGAGUGCUUUUCGUUUAUCAAUAGGGCUUUGGAGGACGAAUUUGCCCCAAUAAUCAUGAUGGCCACGAACAAAGGCAUCUCCAAGACCAGAGGAACCAAUUACAAAUCUCCACAUGGCCUGCCACUGGAUCUACUGGACAGAUCGAUCAUUAUAACAACCACCAACUACAAUGAACAAGAAAUAAAGACGAUUUUAUCGAUCAGGGCCCAGGAGGAAGAAGUGGAGCUAAGCACUGAGGCACUUGAUCUCCUCACAAAGAUAGGCACAGAGACCAGUCUACGCUACAGUAGCAACUUAAUCUCCGUUGCACAGCAGAUCUCGUUCAAGAGAAAGAGUAACGUAGUCGAUGUGGUCGACGUUAAGAGGGCUUAUUUACUUUUCCUGGACAGCGCACGGUCCGUGAAAUGCAUCCAGGAGAAUGAUACGCAGUAUAUCGAUGACCAAGGGCAUGUGGACAUCUCAAGCGGCAGCCAUGCCGCUCCAAUAGCCACUGGAGGCGAGCCCAUGGACACCACAGAAUGA